AUGAGGAUUGCGCCUAUCGGGGCUCGGCUUUGGAGGGAUCCUGCCGUCGCCGUCGAUGCAGCAAGAGACAACAGCCGGACAACUCACCCAGCCAGUGCUUGUAUCGAGGCCUGUCAAGCUUUUACGGAGAUGAUCUGUGUUUUGAUGAGUGGGCAAAAUAAGGCGAGCGCGCUGCAGAAGCUUGUGGCAUUCCAAUUUACACAUCCCGCGCUCAAGGAGAAAUUCACUCGCUCAAGGGCUUUGAAUUUGAGGAACAAAGACAACUCCAAGAUCGUUAGCAGUGGUUGGGUGGUGCAUACCCUUGAAGCUGCUCUGUGGGGGUUCUUCGCAUAUGACACCUGGGAAGAAGGGGCUCUCGCCGUAGUGAAUCUGGGAGAGGACUCUGAUACGGUUGGGGCAGUGUACGGUGCUUUGGCUGGUGUUUACUACGGCUACGAGGCCAUUCCGGAGCGGUGGGUCUCUCGGAUGCAGAAUGCAGAGCCCAUUAAGGACAUUGCGACGAAUUUUGCUACUGUGGUCUCUCAAGCAAGCGAGAAGUGA